AGUCCCUAGGGCUUGCUCCCUGGGAGGCCAGGGAGCUGGGUGCCCAGACCCAGGUAGACAGCACCCACCCUGAGCACAGAGACCAAAACCCCAUGACACCUGUGCCUGGCAAUGGGAAUCCUCAGCCCUCAGCCUCCAUCGAUGCCUCUCCAGAAUGGGGGACAGUGCCCUUGGCCUCCGAGAGGGCCAGCCAGGACCACCUUUUGGAGCAAGGAGCCAAGACAACAGAUGGUGAAAACAGGGAAGGGUGUUGGGUUCUAGGCUAUCAUGGCCAGAAAGGGCUCCUGCUGAGCAGUGAUGCUGAAGAGGAGUCAGACCAAGGAGCACUUCAGGAAACAGGUGCCAAAGGGGGAGCAGGGGCUGACCUGCCUGAGAGGCAUCAGGAGGAAGGAGACGGCGUCCUAGGUCCCAUCACUCAGGAUCCAGAGCCCAGAUCUGCAGCCCAGGGCCUCUCUGACCCCAUGCAGAUACCCAGCAAGACUGGCAGGGAAGCAGAACAGAGUUGUAGCAGCCCAAGACACUCCUCCCUUGAGACCAUUGUCAUCACAGAUGUGAGCACAGACCCCACCGAGCCAGAACAGAGGGCUCCAGAGGUGGCCAGGCCAGAUGAACAGGCCAGUACCAGAGCACCUACCUGUCCCAGGGGGAAGGCCCCUGAUGGAGGCUGCAGUGGGAGCCUGCUCAGCUACGUACCUCUCGCUGGGGAGACAGGACAUAGAGGGGAGGCAGGAUGGGAAGACAAGCGCCCUAGCAACACCCCGGGGGGCCCUGCAGUCUCCUUGGCUCUGGAUCACGGGGUAAGAGAGCCCACAAUAGGUGCUGGAGAUUCCAGUCUUCUAGCCUCGGAAAUGGGCCCAGGUGUUGAUCAGACAGAGGGGCUCGGAGGUGUGUGUGCACUGCCUUUGCUGUUGCAGCCCACACGUAAAAAAGCCACUGAGUUAGGUCGCCAGAACCCUGAACGAGACCUUGAGGGGUUCAGUCUGUCUCUUGGAGCCCUUGCUCCACCAGUGCACAGAGAAGCUGUGGGUGGCCCUUCCCAGGAGACCAGGGCCUGCCAGGACAGCAUAGAUGCCCCCACGGACCCCGCAGGCUGGUCUGAGCCCCCUCCUGACUCUGCAGACCAGGCUGUGCUGGGGGAGUCCCCGGCCAUGGAACCUGACUUCCUGCCAGCCAGCCAGAUACGGGAUGCCCUGGAAGCCCCUGACUUUGAAGCCUCACCUGCGCAGAUACUGCAGGACGAGCAGGAGACAGUGCCACGCCUCAGCUGUCAGGGACAGAGCCAUCGGCCAACACAGAUCAGCCUUUCAGAAAGCACAGACUCAGCAGGGGACACCAGGGUCAGGCCUCACAUUGCCCUGUCUGCUCCUUCUGAAUGGGGAGGGUGAUUGCAGCCCGGGUUGGCGGCCCCCAGGUUUAGCUGUCAGGGCAUCCUGUCUCUUCGCUGCACCACUUUUCUUCUGCGGGAGUCUCUACCUCUGUGUUCCUGACACAGCCCAGGAGAAUUGAGAGGUGCCCUGCAUGUCCUCUUCGUUCCCAGUGCAGGGCUUAGCCAGCGAGGCCAUUCACAGGUGUGUUCUCUCUUCAUAGUUGUUUCCUACGGGGACCAGGCUGGGCUCUUGUUGGCCCGGUACAAGCCCACAUGCUGAUGGAGGCCUUCUCACGGAGCUCCAG